AUGAAUAAAAAUGAGUCAGUAAACGAGUUUUGUGAGAGAUUUGACGCGAUAAUUAGAGAGUACGAGACUUGUGGCGAGGGCGUAGAAUUAACAAAACAGGAGAUGAGAUCAGCUUUUUACCAAGCAGUCACUCCAGGAAUCCCACAAUUAAGAGACGCGGAUUUGAUUAAGAGAACAAAUUCAAAAGAAAUGACACUAGAAGAAAUUAAAUCAAGCCGAGAGGAAGAACAGCAAGAUGAUCAAAACAUCAAAGCAAAUAGAGUCAACUCAGGGAGCCGAGGCAGAGAAGACAGGUGUCAUAGAUGUUCGGGACCUGGACACUGGGAACAACAGUGCCCUUGGAAAGAAAAGGGCAUGUGGGAUUGCUACGAGUGCAAGAAAAUGACGGACCACAAAGCCAGUGAUCACGAGAAGUAUCCUGAUCGUUUCAGGAAACGCGGAGGUAAUACUUUUAGAGGUAAAGAUUUUAAAAAACAUGAUAAAACUGAAUAUAAUAAAAAUCAGUAUAGAGGUAGAGGGCUAGAGAAAAAUGAACAGAAAGGGGUUAAGAGUAAUAAAAAUAAUAAGAGUACCAAAAACACUAAGAGUAAUUACAAUAAUUAUAAGAGCGCUAACAAUAAUAGAGAUCAAAAAGGAAAGGAAAGCCUUAGGAGAGAGAAAGUAGAGAAUGUAAAGAAACUGAAAGAUUCUGCGAUUGGGAGGGAGAAAGAGAGCAUCACGUCAUCAUUUAGAGAAGAAGAUUUAAAAAAAUUCAGAGUCAAAGAAGCCAGACACAGAGAGUAA